AUGACUCGUAUUACUCUUGAGUUGCUUCGAAAGCGCUCUGAACAUAACGAAGGCUGUCUCAGCAAUUUAAAGGAAAUCACUUUACAUCAGCAGGACAUUGAAAAGAUUGAGCUUAUUGGGGAUACUUGCCGGCAGUUAGAGAUCCUGUACUUAUGCAAUAAUUACAUUAGUAGAAUCGAGGGUUUACGGCAUCUCAAGUGGCUGAAGUAUCUGAACUUGGCGAUUAACAACAUCACCCACAUUGAAGGUCUGGAGGGCUGUGAGGCGUUAGAGCGACUGGACCUCACGCUUAAUUUUAUUGCCGACCUUACCACUUUAGACACGCUACUUGCGAAUCCUUUCCUAGAGACUCUCCACCUCACCGGGAACCCAUGUACCCAGGUGGAGGGCUAUCGCGGCUACGUCUUGCACACCCUUCCACAGUUAAAAGAUCUGGACGGGAGUGAGAUCAUCCGCGCCGAUCGCAUCACCGCGCGGCAGUCCGAGCGGGUGAUUGAGAAAUCGAUAGGCGACGAGGCCCUGAAAGCGCGUGAGGCGGCGCGCCUCAAGACCGAGAUGCUCGCGAAGGGCAUUGAUCCGUUUCCUCCCAAGUAUAACGACAAAGGCGAGCGGGUGUAUGGCCACACCCCGGAGGAGCGGCUUCAGAUGCUGCGUGAGCAGGAGACCCUUGAGUCGGAGCGGCGCCGCAAGCAGGAGGAGCCCGUCCCCGGGUCCAUCUCGGCCCUCCACAAGGAGUUAAACGCCAAGCCCGCGCCGUUGACCCCCGAGGAGGAGAUUCGGAAGUAUGGACGGCGGCUAAUGCGGAAUGAGGGCAAGGUCCCCUUCGCCCUCGAUCAGGACGGCGCGGAGGCGGUGGUGUUGAACGUGGAGCCCGGCAAGUUCAUCGCCACCACGCUGCUCAACGUCCAGGUCGAGGUGGACUGCAUUCGGGUGACCAUCAAGGGGAAAUUGCUGCAAAUCCCGCUGGAGGCGGAGGUUUCGCCCGACAAGGCCCGCGUCCAGCGCUCGGUCACGACGGGGGAGCUGAAAAUCACGGUGCCGUUUGCGGAGGCCGAGCUCGAGGCCCGAAGCCGACGCGGCGACCGGCGAUGGAAGGCUCGAUUCGCCGCGAAGGAGGCGGAAAAGGCGCGAGAGGACUCCCAUUUUUUAUCGAAGGUCGGGGGAUGGGGUGAGGAUAAGGACGAAAAGGAGAACGGCCUAUCGCGAACGCCCACGACGCCAGCGGCCGCCCCGGCUUGCGGUAAGGUUGCGCCGGAGCUGGGAGCCGCAUCGCAAAAAGAAAAUUUACGCACGGCUUUGCUUUUUCCUGAGGAUUUGCCAAAGGGAGGGUCUACGGGGUUCGGCUUGUCUGGGGAUCAUCCACCAAAUUCGGAUCCACCGCGGCAGUUGAUCAAAGAAUUAAAUACGUUUCCACAACCCGAUACGGAGUUAAAGGAGAAGGCGUACACGCUGCUGGAGUUGGACUAA